AUGGCCGUCGACGCCGCGCGCGCGCUGCGCGAUCGCGCGCUGCCCAUGGAGGCGCGUUUUACCGCGCUGUUUCGCCUGCGGUCGCUCGGUGACGACCGAUCGGUGGACGCCUUGCUCGACGCGCUCGACGCCUCGGUCGAGCCCUCGGCGCUGUUGCGACACGAGUGCGCGUUCGCGCUCGGACAGAUGCGGGCGGGACGAGCGAUCGAGCGGUUGAUCGAGGUGAUGGAGGACGAGGGCGAGGAUGGCAUGGUGCGACACGAGUGCGCCGAGGCGCUGGGCGCGAUGGCGAGGCGUGAAUCGAGAGCGAUCGACGCGUUGACGCGAGCGUGUGGGUCGUCUACGCGGGAGGUGUCGGAGACGGCGAGCUUGGCGCUGAGAAAGCUGAAGAGCGGGAGCGUGGACACGGGAUCGACGGUGGGGAGCGCCAAGGAACGGGCGAGCGCGAACGAACGCGUCGUCGAUGGCGACGAUGAGAGCGGUGCGACGCCGUACUUGAGCGUGGAUCCGGUGCCGGCGAUGGCGGCGUCGACGCCCAUGGAGACGCUCGAGCGUGUGGUGCUGGAUGAUACGGAGGAUAUGUACGCGAGGUACGGCGCGAUGUUCGCGUUGCGCAACGCGUCGUACGCGUCGGCGAGUUCAUCGGAUGCGUGCGCCGACGUCCUCGGACGCGUCUUGGCGACGUCUGAGAGUGCGUUAUUGAAGCACGAGGUGUGCUACGUCUUGGGUCAGUUACAGAGCGCCUCACCUGGCGCCCGCGACGCGCUCGUGCGAUGCCUGGAGGACGCGCGCGAGCACCCGAUGGUUCGCCACGAGGCCGCCGAAGCUCUGGGCUCCAUCGCCCACCCGAGCACCAAAGAUUAUCUCGAGACGUUCGCUAAAGAUCCCGAGCCGAUCAUCGCCGAAUCCUGCGAGGUUGCCCUGAGCAUCAUGCGCGCCGAGCAAGACAACGUCUUCAUCGGCGUCGACGGAACCGUCGCCGUGAUCGGCACGUAG